GGAGCUGUUGCAAGAUCUGCGGUAAUGAGACCCAAGUUUUUCCGAUGUCGGAGAGUACCUGGAAAUAUUCGUUUGGGAAGUACUUGGAACUCUCGUUCUGGAGCAAGAACCUACACGCUCGGGCGGGCGUUUGCCCUCAUGAUUUGCAACGUGAUCACCUUCGAUUUUUUGGCUUCAAGGACGUCGCUAUACGAAUCCACUACGACAGCAUUAAUUUGCUUGAGAUCAUUGUUCCCAGAACUCGGGUUACAUGGAAAGUGGACAAUGACUUGAAGCUCAGAAACGAGGUUUAUCAGCGAAUGGAGCAUCGCAUCACUAGGUUCAUGGUUUCAGUCAAGGCACGGCUCAAGGGAAUCAGUGUUGAGACCGUUAUCCCUCAACAAGCCGAAGAUUGCAAAACGCAGAUAGAGCACCUGAGUAAGAAGGCUAACGAAGACCAUAUCCUCUUGAUCAAACAGCUACAGGAAAAAUACACCAACUCGCGAUACUGGGAAGUAAUCCCCCUGAAUGAAGUGAUCCG